AAAAAAACCGGAGCGGAAGUCUUGCUCGGAGCAUAGAAAGGAGGUGAUGGUGAUGGAGGGAGGAGGAGGAGAAGGAGGAAGAGGAGGGCUGAUGUGUGCUGAUCAGCAGCAGGUCUGAUGAUGAUGAUGGUGAUGAUGAUGCUGUGAGUCAGAGAGCGGAGGGUUCAGGAUGCUCAAAGCCGCUCCGGAGUAGACAAACCCCGCACACAGACUGAGAGGAUCCGCGGAGACACGCAUACAGGUGAUCUACUGAGAGCAGCAGGUGGAUUCCAACUCCCAGAAUGCCUGAGCAGAGUAAUGACUACCGGGUGGUGGUGUUCGGAGCCGGCGGGGUGGGGAAAAGCUCGCUGGUUCUUCGUUUUGUUAAAGGCACCUUCAGAGACACCUACAUCCCCACCGUAGAGGACACGUACAGACAGGUGAUCAGCUGUGAUAAGAGUGUCUGCACGCUGCAGAUCACUGACACAACAGGAAGUCAUCAGUUUCCCGCCAUGCAGCGCCUGUCCAUCUCCAAAGGCCACGCCUUCAUCCUGGUCUACUCCAUCACCAGCCGCCAAUCACUGGAGGAGCUCAAACCCAUCUACCAACAGGUUCUGGCCAUCAAGGGCAACAUGGAGUCCAUUCCCAUCAUGCUCGUGGGCAACAAGAGUGACGAAACAGCCCAGCGUGAAGUGGACUCGAAGGAGGGCGAGGCUCAGGCCGGUGCCUGGAAAUGUGCCUUCAUGGAGACGUCGGCCAAGAUGAACUCCAACGUGAAGGAACUGUUCCAGGAGCUGCUGGCACUGGAGAAGAAGAGGGACAUGAGCCUGAGCAUCGACGGGAAGCGGUCGGGAAAACAGAAACGAGCCGACAAGCUGAAGGGGAAGUGCAGCAUCAUGUAGAUUGAGUGGUGGCGGUGGCGGCAGCAGAGGACUCGCUGUAGAGAUGUGGAAACUACAGAGGAGGCAGGAGGAGGGAAGUCAUACAGACUCCUCCUCCCGUCUUUCCCCGGGUCUCCAUCACUGAGGAGGCUUCUUCUUCAGUAGCUCUUCUCCUUCGUCUGUCUGAACACUGAAGCCCAGAGGAACAAAAUGAUGAGAACGACUGAAUAUAGAAACUGGAAUAUUUGUAUCAGGGCCUCAGGCUCCUCGUGGCCCUGAACUGGAUUGUAUAUGUGGCCCCAAAUUACUCUUUUACACACCCAACCACUGUCACUGUUAACAAUCAUACCAACAAUAUGAGAACAAAGGAAUGCUUCACUGAUUUUAUUGUGAAUGUUGGGCCAAAACCUGAAUGUAACCCAGAUUAUAGAGGCAAAAAACCCCCCAGUCAAAUACACAAAGUAUUGACGGAAAUUUUUUAUGCUUAGUCUCUCUGAUAUGUACCACAAUAUCCAGCAUCCAUUUCAAACACUGAGUUCUUCAAACGCCUAAAAUGAGACUCAAACCUGGUCUUUAUUUGUGUCUUUAAGACCUGACUGAACCUGACCCGAAGUUACAUUGCAUUCAUUACUGUCCGGUAGCUUGAAACACAAUAGAGUCACACAGACCGUUAGACUGUCAGUUUGAGCACUCCUAUGCUUCAGUUAACAUGAAACCCUCCUGGUUGAAUCAUCAGAACAAAAGAUGAACAACUGUGUCGGAAAAUACCUAAUAACAAGGUUUUUGGGGCAAGAAACAGCCAAUCACAGAGCUUUUUUUAUGUCAUGUGUGUCGGUAACGGCCAGCAGAAGUUUAAGAUUACAAACUGAUUUUACAAUCUGGAGAUUAAAUCAGUUCACUUUUAAUUUCUGGGUCACUUUAAGUGAAUUCAGUAACCAUGGUGACGCAUUUUAUUUACAACUUUAACUUCAUUACACUCUAAUUUUCGCCCAUGGCUUCUUCUCCAUGACAACAGCAGCUGAGGCUCAUAGGUAUUGUAGUAUUCUCACGGACAAAACAUGAUUUGUCAGAAAGGAAGUGUAAAUACUGUGAACUGGUGUCAGAAUAUAAACUUGUAGGAUCAUCACAUCAUCCAGGAGAGUCCUGAGUUUCUGUGUUCAGUAACAUCGAGGAGAUCGUUUGAAGAAAUAUUUGAAAUGAGAAUACAGAAUGAGAAACUCCCUUCAGGAACCAGCGAUUCCUCACACUUCACAUCUCUAUCGCUACGAUCUCUUUGUGCUUUGCAAAAGACCACAUGAAACAAUGAUGCUGUCAGAAAGUGAGAGAAAUUUACAUUAAAAAAUAACCAAACCUGAACUCAAAAACUUGCUAUUAUGUCCAGGCCUGUUGGGUUUGGGUGUGGUAGGUACCAGAUAAGAUGCAACCCCAACACUAUGAAACAAACAGCUUCACCAUGCAGCCAGUGUCCUCAUGGCUAAUAAUUUAGCAUGCUAAAGUUUACCUGUGUUGGAGGAAGCCUAAUGUUUGUCUAAAAAAUGUCCAAUCACAAUACUGCAUGUACUGUUUUAAUGGAGGACUAAUUAAACAAAGGCCACUCUUUUGACAAAG